AAGGUCGGCCAUCACUUGGUGGCGCCGGUGGAGUACCUGGAGCGCGCAAACCAAGCCCUCUACGACGACUACGACGCCACGGAAGAGCUGUUCACGCCGUUCCAGGUGGGCUCCAUAGACCACGCGUCCACCUCCGGCUUCUGCAUCGGCAUGAAGUUGGAAAGCGAUCGAUCCGCUCAACCUGUCCUCGAUCUGCGUCGCCACCGUGAUGGACGUGCUGCGAUGCGGAUACAUCAUGAUCAGGAUCGACACGUACGAUUCGGACGCGACGGGCGCCGAUUGGUUCUGCUACCACGUCAAGUCGCCCUGCAUCUUCCCCGUGGGCUUCUGCGAGAAGCACGGCAUACCCCUGACGCCGCCCAAAGCUUACGACCAGGACACUUUUGUCUGGUCGGAGUACCUGCGCGAGACCAACAACCAGGCGGCUGAUCCGUCCCUGUUCAACAACUACGUGCCCCUGCACGGCUUCGUGGCCGGCAUGAAGAUCGAGGCGGCCGAUCUGAUGGACCCGCGUCUGGUGUGCGUGGCGACCAUCGCCAAAGUGGUGGGGAGAAUACUGAAAGUGCAUUUCGAUGGGUGGGAGGACGAAUACGACCAGUGGCUGGAUUGCGAAAGUCCCGAUAUCUAUCCCGUGGGUUGGUGUCAAAGCGUGGGGCACAAGUUGGAAGGUCCGCCCAUUGUUAAUAGGCCCAGUUUGCCGGUCAAAUCGCCCAAAGCCAAUCCGUUGCUCGCAGGCGUGAAAAAGCGCGGCCGCAAGAAGAAAAAGGACGCGAAGACGUCGACGUCGCCGUCGUCCAACAAAUUCCUUCGCUCGUCGACGGAAGAAACGCAAACGGCGCCGGCGGACGUCGCGACGACGCCGGCCGCAUCGUGGACGACGCCCACCGUCUUGAGCACCAUGAGUCUGGCGUCCACGACAACUACGGACGUCAAAGAGGAGGCGAAAGAUGAGGAGCAGGAGGGGGCGCUGGAGGUCAAGAGGGAGAAGACGGGCGAGAUGGAGGAGGACGAGGAGGAGGAGGGACCGGAAAGCGGAAGUGGCGAGCGUGGUGGAUCAGAAUCUUCCGGUUCCGGCCGAUACGGUGCCGGUAGAUCCGCCGAUCGAACGGAAAGUCACUUCUUAUGUGAAUAGCAACAGCAACAUAAGUACAAAAUAUAUACCUCGUAUAGUUGAUAACUCAGGUGGUAGCGGUGAGACUGGAGACUUGUGUCCAGAAGAAUGGAACGUUUUUCGAUGUGGCAACAGUUUUUGAGGGUCAACGAAUGCGCAAACUAUUGCGAUGCCUUCAGCAAACAAAAGGUGGACGGCAAAACGAUGUUGAACCUCAAAAAGGAGGACAUCAUAGACUACACGGGGGGGCAAAGUGGGGCCGUCCCUGAAAAUUUCGACCUCAUUCAGCAGCUGAAAAUAAAAGUGAACCCGUCGCAGCUGCGCCACAUGAAAGCGAACAUCAAAAAGUUUUUAUAGUGCCUCUAAAAAUCGACUCGAGCAAAAUUAAAGUCGUGGAGAAUAAUUGAAAACUGAAAAGAACGAAAUUGGCGAAAUUUUGAGGCGAUUAUGCUACCCAACAGCAAAAAGCUAUCUCAAUUUAAUCGAGGUAACUUUUUGUUGUAUCAAGACAAAAAUACGUUGAAAAAAACGUAAUCAUUUUUGGUUUUCAGUAAUUUCUGCUAAUUAGUCUUAGUAUAUUCUUGGGUAAUGUAUACCACAAGUAGUGAUAUUUAAGUUAAUUUUCAUUUACACUUUUUUCUCGAUUUUCUCGUUUAGUUUUUAAUUAUUAUGUAUAAUAUUUAUAUUGCGGAUUUGUGUGUGUUUUUCUCUUAUAUUAUCGAUUAUGAGUUUCGUUUUUUAGCUUUUUUUGUUCGUUCAAGAGCAGAA